AUGCACCUACUGACUCAAGUGUACAUGUGCACAAGCGUCAACACUGUGUGCGCGGCCUUGCCGGGUUCGGGAAUGGAGAAGGUGCCCCUGCCUCAGCAAACUCAGGAAAUGGCCGACUGUUCUAAUGCCAUGGAGUGGAAGCUUUGCACGGUGUGGUUUGCUGAUGACAUCCUGGACUGUAGUGCUUCUACUGAUGUGGAGAGUACAUCCACUACAUCUACUACUGUCAAUACAUCCAAUACCAUUCUGCCACCGACAGCAUUUACGAAAGCCCCACGUGGUGUUGCUGUUUGCAUAGCAGGGAAUCUUCGCACCUUCACAGUUCCUGUGGUCUUUUCUCAAAUCCGACCCUUUCAUGAGCAACUCUGGGGUUGGACGGUUUCGUUUUUCCUCUAUGGCACCUUGGAGGGUGCUGGGCCGAAGAACCAAACGCAUCGCAACCUGGCCGCCAUCCAUGAAAACAAUCAGACUGCGUUGAAGAUGGCGCUGACGUCGCUGAGGCCCCAAGCAGUCGAAUUGGUCGCGAAUGCUGAGGAUGUGACGGAGGAGAACAUUGCGCAGUAUGUCCUGCAUCAGGAAUGUUUCCGAAAUAUUCAAUUCAUUGAAUCGGUGGACGGUGUCGAAGCCUUCUUCGAAAAUCGCGUGCGCUUCUUACGUGGCCUGAAUCAGCUCGCACACGUCAUCAGUAGCCUUGAGAUGAUGAUGCGAUUUGAACAAACCCGAGGUCGCAGGUUCAAAGUGGUAAUUUUAACCCGCCCGGAUCUGCGAUAUGACGUGAACCGUAAUGAUCAUGAUUGGUUUCGUGAUGUCGCUUGGGUUCCCGAGUGGAUCUCCAACGGCAGUGUGGCACUUCAAAUGGAUCACUGGGUGGCCAUGCCUCGUGCGCUGGCGGAACGAUUUUAUUUGCUCGGCAAAGUUCUGAGUUGUAGUCCUUCCGACAAAUGUUGUCGAAAAAUUGACCGAUCUGAAAGUUUGUGGGAAUAUUUAACUGGAGCGGUGCAUGGCAAUUUUGGUCAAUGCUCCUGCUCAAAUAUCACCACACCUUUUCGAAGGGCCAGAGUCGCCCAGAUUCAACGGACCAAGUCGAGAAAGUGA